UUCCCGAAGCAACUUACGGUGAUAGCUUGUGAUAUCUGGAAGGAAGAGGACAUACAGAACGCAGCGGGAAAAGUCAAAGAGAAGUACAAAAAAAUUGAUUUUCUGCUGAAUAGCAGUGGCAUCCUAAACUUAGAACAAAAGGGAGAGACGAAUUUGAGUCAAGUUCACGCGGACUCUGUAUUGGCCGCCUACAAAACAAAUGCUUUGGGGCCGCUGCUGAUGGGCAAGCACUUCAGCUCUCUGCUGCACCAUACUCGCGUAGAAAAGGGCAUGUAUACGGGGGUGAUCGCCAACAUAAGCGCUCGUGUAGGGUCUAUAGGAGAUAACAAGCAGGGUGGCUGGUAUGCAUACAGAGCUUCCAAGGCGGCGCAGAAUAUGAUAACAAAGACGAUGUCGAUCGAGUUGUAUGCCAAACAGGUUCUGUGCGUAGGAUUGCAUCCUGGAACUGUGAACACAUCCUUUUCUGAGCGGUACCACAAGAACGUCAAGCACAAUAUCAAUGAACCGGACGAGGUGGUGAAUUACUUCUGCAAUGUCAUCGGCGGUUUAAAGAUGGAUGAUUCUGGUAAAUACUUAGAUUUCAACGGAAAGGAGAUCCCCUGGUGA